AUGGAGUACAUCAGCACACGGGGAGGCACGGGGGCCGUGGACUUCGAGGGAGCCCUUUUCUCUGGCUAUGCCCCCGAUGGGGGCCUCUUCAUGCCCCAGUGCAUCCCCUCGCUGGACAGGGACACCCUGCGAAGGUGGAGUAGCCUGUCCUACCCUGAGCUGGUGAAGGAGCUGUGCUCCCUCUUCAUCCCAGCCGAGCUGGUCCCACGGAACGUGCUCAAUGGUGAGCUGAGUGGGGAGCUGCUCGUGGGGAUGUGGACAAGGGUUUGGGGGCUGAUCGACAGGGCCUUCAGCAGAUUCAGACACAAGAAUGUUGUGCAUCUGUCCAGGCUGAAAGAUGGGCUGAACAUUUUGGAGCUCUGGCAUGGUGUUACAUAUGCAUUUAAGGACCUGUCCUUGUCCUGCACAGGGCAGUUUUUACAGUAUUUCUUGGAGAAAAAGCAGAAGCAUGUCAAUAUUCUGGUGGGGACUUCAGGGGACACGGGGAGCUCGGCCAUCGAGAGCGUGAGAGGGCAGAAGAACGUGGACAUCUUUGUUCUGCUGCCCAAGGGGCUCUGCACCCAGAUACAGGAGCUUCAGAUGACCACUGUCAUUGAAGACAACGUCCACGUCUUUGCUGCUCAUGGGAACAGCGAUGAAAUUGAUGAGCCGAUUAAGGAACUGUUUGCUGAUGUCAAUUUUGCUGGAAAAUACAACCUGAUGAGCUUGAAUUCUGUCAAUUGGUCCAGGAUUAUGGUGCAGAUUGCCCACUACUUCUAUGCUUACUUUCAGUGUGCCCCAUCCCUGGAUACCACCCAGCUGCCAAUGGUGGAAAUUGUUGUGCCCACGGGAGGAGGAGGAAAUAUCACGGCUGGCUGUAUUGCCCAGAAAAUGGGUCUCCCAAUUCAACUUGUUACUGUGGUGAACAGCAAUGACAUCAUUCAUAGGACUGUUCAACAUGGAGAUUUCUCACUGGCAGAGAGCGUGAAGGCUACGUUGGCAUCAGCCAUGGAUAUCCAGGAGCCUUACAAUGUGGAGAGGAUCCUCUGGCUGCUCUCGGGCUCUGAUAGCCACCUGAUAAAAACUCUGAUGGAGCAAUUCAACAUCUCAAAAAGGCUGAAGCUGCCAGAGGAUUUGCACAGAAAGCUCUCUGAGACCCUGGGAUCGUGCUCAGCCUCUGACCAGGACAUUGUGGGAGCCAUGCGGCGCUGCUGGGAGGAGAACCAGUACCUGCUGUGCCCCCACUCUGCUGUGGCUGCUCACUACCACUACUCACAUUUUCUUUGCUUGUCUUUACUUUCCAGCAUCCCCCGGUGCUGCUUGGCUCCAGCCUCUGCAGCCAAAUUUCAGGAUGCCCUUCUCCGAGCUGGCCUGGCUCCCCAGAUCCCCCCUGAAAUCUCUGCCCUGACAGCAAUGGAGACCAGGUCCACUGCCCUGGAGCGGGGACAGGACUGGGCACAGGUGCUCCGGGGCCGGAUUGAAGCUGUGGCACAGCAGUGGGAGGCACAGGCGGGUCACUCUGCACCCCAGGGCAGGUAGUCACACAGAUGUGACCACUGGACACAGCUGGACAAUGUCCCAGGGCUCAUUCUCCACUCCCAGAAAAGCCCUGUCUUAUGCUGGGAGUCUCCAUGCAAUGAUGUAUUAGCAAGAAUUCACUUCCCUGUGUAAUUGGACAAUUUCAUAACAUUUUCAGUAAAGAGCACUGCAACUGUAUCCCUUUUUCCUAAUAAAUCAGAAAAACUGAAUUAAACUCUGAGUAAACCUG